AUGACAUCUUAUUCAGAAUCGAUAUGUUCUAUGUCGGAAGAUAAUAAUAAUAAUAAUUUUGAAACAUAUUCUCUUAUAUGGCUUGAUGCUUCAGUUAACUCAAAAGAUAAUAUUGAAACUCAAGCAAUGUUUCGAUCAUUUAUAAAUUGUUUACAAAUAUUCGAAAAUCUUGAUCAAUGUGAACAAUACAUGCAAUCAGUUUCAUCAGAUGAUCGAAUUGUUUUUGUUGUUAGUGGUAGUUUUGGUCAACAAAUUAUACCUAAAAUUUAUUCUCUUCAACAAAUUUUUUCAAUUUAUAUUUAUUGUGAAAAUCAACAGUUUCAUCAUCAAUGGGCUGAACAAUAUAUUAAAGUAAAAUGA